AUGAUAACGCCAGAGCAGCGUAAAAAGGUCGGCCAGCUCUUUGCUGUCGGCUUUCACGACACAUUCAUCAACAGCGACAUCAAAUCUCUGAUUCAAGAUUACGGCGUCGGCGCCAUUGUACUCUUCAAGCGCAACGUCAGCUCCGCGACGCAGCUGCGCACCCUUUGCCAUGACCUCCAGCAGCUCGCCCACAACGCCGGCCACGCGCAGCCGCUCCUCAUCGGCAUCGACCAGGAAAACGGGCUCAUCACACGCAUCUCUCCGCCCGUCGCCUCGCAGCAACCCGGCCCCAUGGCGCUCGCGGCCACACGCUCACUCGACACGGCGUCGCAGGUCGCGGGGGCGACGGCCGAAAUGUUACGCCACUUUGGCAUUAACAUGAACUACGCACCCGUUGGCGACGUCAACUCGGAGCCUCUGAAUCCCGUCAUCGGCGUGCGCAGUCCCAGUGACGAUCCGGAGACGGUGGCGCAGUUUGCAGCGGCCUGCGCCACGGGCAUGCGGGAGCAUGGUGUUGUGUCGUGCAUCAAGCACUUUCCCGGCCACGGAGACACGGCAGUCGACUCGCACUACGGCCUGCCAUCGAUUGACAAGAGCCGCGCGCAGCUCGAUACUGUGGAGUUGGUUCCGUUCAGACACGCUGCUCGUGAGGGAAUUGAGAUGGUCAUGACGGCGCACAUUGCGCUGCCGCAGCUGACAGGCUCCGAGACACCAGCCACGCUGUCGCCGCAGGUCCUGCACAUACUGCGCGACGAGCUGUCUUUCCACGGCGUGAUCAUGACUGACUGUCUCGAAAUGGAUGGCAUCCGCUCCACGUUUGGAACGGUAGAGGGCUCCCUCAUGGCGUUUCAGGCUGGUGUCGACAAUGCCAUGAUCUGCCACACAUACGAGGUGCAAACUGCCGCCAUCGAUCGCCUUUGCGCCGCUCUAGACGCCGGAGAAAUACCGCAGCGACGCAUCCAAGAGUCAAUUGACCGCCUGAGCAGGCUCAAGUCAACGUUUACGACCUGGGACCGCGCGCUGCAGACUAGCACCGACGAAGCCCUCGUCGAUAUCAACGUCCGCGGCGCCAAACUCGCGCACAAGGCUUACGCCGACGCCGCCACCGUUGUGCGCAUCGAAGACGGCGUGAUACCAGUAUCCAAGUCAGCCAGUACAGUCUUUGUCUCGCCGGGGCCGGACUUUCCCGUCGGCGGCGGCGCCGUCAACAGCGGCGACGCGGCGCACCCGACGCGCGUGCCGUGGGUGUCGAGCUUUUUUGGCGACGAGAUUUGCGCGCACUGCGCUGUCGCUGAAGAGAUUCGCUAUACGGAGCAGCCACUGACUGACGAGCAGUGGAGCAGGAUUGAAGCCGCAGAGGUCGUCAUUCUGGCCACGCGCAACGCCCGAGAGGCACCGUACCAGCAGAAACUGGGCCUGGACAUUGCCAAGUGCAGAGCGGGUAAGACGUGGAUCAGUAUUGCCACGUGUGCGCCAUAUGACUUUUUAGAACAGAGUGCGGUCAAGAAUGUGAUUGUGGUAUAUGAGCCUACGCUGGAGGCAUUUCGUGCGGCUGUUGAUAUCAUUUAUGGAAUUGAUACGGCGCGAGGUAAACUUCCCGUAGCCGAGAAAAGGGUGUAG